AUGACAACCAUUCACCAUUACCUCAACCCUGGUGAUUACAGAAUUCGACUUAUUCCAAAGUACCCCUAUCCAAUGGAUGGUGACUCCCAGUUGCUCUCCAUUUAUGUUCGAAGUCAAACCGUGAAGGUGAAGAGACGAGGCUGGAAAGAGUCCGAAUGGACAAGCGGACAAUCGGACAACGGAGGGACGAGAGCUAGAGACGCAGCGAAGGCUUGCUGCUAG